GUGUGAGUUGAUUUCUCAGCCACACGUAAGCAGGAAUCGGAGUGGGAAACAUCCAAUGCUGGCUUCUUGGAACGCUAUCCCUAAAGUUUGCUCUUUUAAAAGAAUUCUUUGUUUGGAGUUGAGUUGUCACACGGCAACGAUAGAUUUUGUUAACGCGGUGUGGAAGUGUAAAGCAGACCUCCAGUGCUUGAAGCUGCAGUUGUUUGCUGACCCCAGGCUGCACAGCCCUCCCCAUUUCUCCACACUUGCCCUCCCAAGGAAAGUCAGACGGAAGUGGAAAUCUCAGCCACAUUGUUCCACUAUUCUGGACAGAAACAUGGGCAACCAGUUGACAGAGAUGGCCCCUAACAGCACAUUCCUCCCAAAUCUCCAGUCCUUGCACAUUGUCGUGAUUGGUUUGGACAAUGCAGGGAAAACCUCGCUCCUCUACAGACUCAAGCUGCGGGAAUUUGUCGAGACUGUCCCCACCAAAGGCUUUAACAUGGAACGUAUUAAAGUGCCCAUGGGGAAUCCCAAAGCCAGCACAUCGACUUUCCAGGUGUGGGAUGUUGGUGGCCAGGAGAAAUUGAGGCCUCUCUGGAAGUCGUACACUCGGAGGACUGAUGGCUUGGUGUUUGUUGUGGAUUCAGCUGAGGCCGAGCGAAUGGAGGAAGCUAAGAUGGAGCUUCACAGGAUCAGCCGGUCUGCUGAGAAUCUAGGAGUGCCAGUUUUGGUUCUGGCAAACAAACAGGACCUGGAAUCAGCCAUGUCAGCUUCAGAGGUGGAGAAAGUUCUCUCUCUCCAUGAAAUGAGUUCGUCUACGCUACACCACACACAAGGCUGCUCAGCGCUGGACGGUCAAGGCCUGCAAUUGGGCCUGGAGAAACUGUAUGAGAUGAUCCUGAAGCGGAGGAAGAUACUUCGACAGAGCAAGAAGAAGAGAUGAUUGCGAGGAUGUUGCUAUUGGUGGCAUUAGAUGAUGGGAAUGCGAUUGUAUGCAGAGCUCAACAGUGGAAAUAAUGUCACUAAUUUGGAAGGGGACAGUCCUUUUGAUAAGCAAGGUUGGUUCCACACCAAGUUCAGACAUUGUCUUGAGAGCUGUUACAAAUCGAACAGAUCAUUCAGGCAGAGUUACUGCCCAAUACCAGCAGAGGAUGGUAUCAGCUCUUGAACACUCCUCCCUUUGCUCAUCUGUCUGUUCAAGAGGUUUACCACUUACAGAGGCAGACGGAUUUGAACCUGUGCAAUAUGAUAAACACUCACUGACGCAAUCUCUCCAAUGUUGAAGGAUUCAUUAGAAAAAAAAUUGUAUGCAGUAGUUUUAGGGUAAUGUUUGUUCACGCAAUUACUAUUUAUGUUGCAUGUUGUCACCCAUUACACAGUUGGGAAUACUUUAAAAACACCUUUGUUUAUCAAUAGGAGAAAUUUUACUCUUUAUUAGAGGCUUGAAGCUGCUCAGUUUUUGAAACGCCGUCUGAAAUCUGUCAUCAAAAAAGUAACAUUUACUGACUGAGACGGCUGAGCAGACGAACACUAGGACUGUCCAGUCAUGCACGUUCAGUUAUAUUUUUUUCCCCUCUCCUCUUCACACUUCACAAAAGUUCUCAGUUGGGUGUUUUUUUGUUUAGUUUCUUUGCCAAAACAACCUGUUUUUAUCUAGUUUGCUUAAAAUGUUGAAAAAUGAAUAAAGUAUUGAUUUUGAUAUC